CCAAUACUGUGACAUGGUAGUACGAAAAUUCAAAGUUUGACGUGGAUUGACAUUUUGCUAGAGAAAAAAAGAGAUAUUCAAUUAAAAUAUAUUUGGAUUGUGAUGAAUAGAAGAUGUACACUAGUGUAACGCUGCAAAGAAAAUAGGACAAGCAACCAUGAAAAAAGGAGGAAAUCAUGAGAUUUAUGGAAAAAAUGACACGUCAUAAGGAAAAGCGUGAGACAUAAUUAAAAAUGGCAUCAACAUUCUUAACAAGUACUCAACAAAACUUUGUCCGUCUGGCGAUAGCCGUGGUAGACAAAAUAAAAUUACCAAUGAAAGAUGUUCUUAAAAUUUACAUUAAGCCUUGUGACCUAUACAGUGAAAUUUGCCUUUGCCAUGCACUAUUACAAGGAAAAUACAAACUAAGUGAGGAACAGAAAGAUUUAUGUUAUGUAUCGCCUCCUGAUAUCCCUGAUUAUGCCAAAUUCGAUGUAACUUUGUUAUAUAAACUCAUACAGAACCUGUGUAAAAAAGUAGUAACAACAAAGGGAUGGGGAAACGAACCGGAAAGUGGUGAUAAUCUCAUCGGCGAUGACAUCGAACGCCUCAGGCGAAUCCGAAACGAAAUUUAUGGUCAUCUGGAAUCUUCUAGUAUUCCUGAUGUUAUGUUUGAAUCGCGCUGGGAAGAGUUAGAAAAUAUUAUGAAAAGGUUGUAUGGGUUCGUGAAGUCCAAUCCGGGCUCUAAUCCAACAAAUUACGAGAGAGAACUUGCAGAUACCAAGAUGUGUAAUUCUGGUUAUUAUCAUAUGGAACAUUACAAGUUACUGCUUCAAGGAACAUUGAGGCUUCUUGAUCAGGCUCCAAAUGAAGAGUUACCAACAAUUGCUAUUAGAGGACAAACAACAAUCAUGUGUGGGGAAACAGCAUGCAUCGAAGCUGACGUAGGGCAAACAUCAAAACCUAACUGGCAUAUCACUUGGCACAGAGUAAGAGGGGGUCUUUCAGAGAGGCUAGAUAUCAAUGCAGAGAAAUACCAAGAAAGCACGAGUAUGCGGCUCGUGAUAUCAAAUGCAUCAAUGAAAGACCACGGUGACUACCAGGCAAUGCUAUCAGGGGGACAUACAAGUGGACAGCAAAUAAAUAUAGCCAGUAAUAUAUUGACCCUGAAAAUCAUUGGAGAGCAACCAGUUCUUCAAAAAAUUGAAGUUACCUCGGAAAACAGCAAUAUUAUUCUUCAUUACAAGUAUGAAGUCUCAAAGGACUGUCCAAAAGUAGAUCGCAUUACGUGGACCAAAGAUGGCGAAAUUAUGAGUAUAGAUAACAAAAAAUAUGUAGGUGGGGAUCUAAGCCAGAACUUUCUUACUAUAACUUCUACAUCUAUUCAGGACAUUGGAGAGUAUACUUGUACAAUAGCCAAUGCAGUUGGUGCUGUUUCCGAGUCACUGAUCCUAGAUGUACCAAAAGUCACACUUUUAGUGAAACCAGUUUGUUACGGGAAUAACACCGAGAUGAAAUCAGUUAUAUCAUCUUGUCCACCAGCGGUAAGGGCGAUAUGGGAGAAGAGCAAUGACGCUGUUAUCUUCAAAGCCAUCAACGUUGAAGAACAGAAGUAUUUUGGUAGUACAGUAGAUCCAAAUAACCCUGUACUCAAGGUGACAAGAGCAAAGUUCGAUGAUAAAUUGUAUUACCGACUUCGUAUAUGGAAUAGCAUUGGAGAGGGUGUCAGUGAAUCGGUUCUUCUUGAUGUGACAGGACACCCUCCAAACAUAACUAACAGCCAUGAAACCAGGGUAGACAGCCGUUCUGUGUUACUGAAAUGCGAUGUAUUUCUUUAUGACCAGUCUCCACCACUAACUAAAAUAGAAUGGCAGAAAGAUGGGGAUGAAAUAGACAUAAGCGGAAGUGAAGGAAAGUAUACCGGCGGAACACUUCAUGAUCCAUCAUUAGUCAUUCACAAUGUCAACAAAUUUGAUGCUGGAUCAUAUCAGUGCAAGGUCUCCAAUAAAGUUGGAUCAACGUUUGGAAAUGUGAUUUUACUCGGGUUCCCUAAUAUUGAAAUAGAGAAGCAAAACAACAAAAUUGGAGAAAAAUAUUUAUUCGCAGCGUUAUUAAAAUCUAUUCCGGAACCAAUACAUGCCAAGUGGAGCAUAAAAAGCGAUGACAACGACAGUUUUACACCUAUAGAUAUCAAUAGUGCAGCGUACAAAGGAACAUCAAACAAUGUCCCUAAGCCUGUGUUGUGUCUCAAACAGAUGCCAUUACAAAAUCAACAAUUCCAAAUUGAGGUUCAGAACUUUAUUGGAACUACUGUAAAAGAGAUACCAGAUAUAGGAAGAUUGUGUGCACCCAAAAAGACGCCGGAUACAAAAGAAAAACGCUCUCUCUACGGAAUAAAAAACGAAAUAAGAAUUGCAUUACUGGGAAAAACAGGCAGUGGUAAGAGUGCAACGGCCAACACAAUUUUUGGGGAAAAAAUUUUUUUCUCAGGACCACUGCUAUGCAGUGUAACAAACAAGUGUUUACAAGCGAGUGGAGUUCGGUUCGACAAAAAAAUUGUAAUCGUUGAUACCCCUGGCGUCUGCGAUACAAACAGAGAGGAUGCAGAUAUACAAAGAGAAAUCCAGCAAUGUAUAGCAAUAACAGCACCAGGUCCUCAUGCCUUUAUAUUAGUUCUUGGGCUCAGUAGAUAUACAAAAGAGGAACAUAAAGCUGUUAAACAUUUCAUUGAACACUUUGGAGACGACAUUUAUGAAUACUUGAUUAUAUUAUUUACUCGAAAAGAUGACCUCAAUCGUGCUGGGAAGAGCCUUGAAGAUUUACUAAAAACAGCACCUGAAGAAUUGAAGUAUAUUCUCAACAAAUGCCAAAAUAGAGUUCUUGCAUUUGACAAUACAUUGAAAGGAGCUGAACAGGAGAUGCAGGUUAAAGAGUUGCUGGAAAUUAUAAACACAAAUGUAGUUCGAAAUGGAGGCAAAUUCUAUACAAAUAAAAUGUAUGAGAAAGCAGAACAGCUGAUAAAAAGGUGUCAAACAGAAAUUAAAAAGCAAGAAAAGGAGAGAUGGGAGGAAGAAAGACGGAAGAUAGAGGAAGAUUGUCGACAGAAAUUCCAAGCUGUGUUGAAGGCAAAAGAAGAUGAAAUGCUUGAAAUCCAGAAUAAAAUGAGGUAUAUUGAGGGUAUGAAAUCCCAAAAAGAUCAAAAUAUCAAAGAAAAUGAGAAUAAAUUAAGAAAACUUCAAGAAAGCUUACAAAAUAAAUCAAAAGAUGAAAGGAAAAUGAAAAAAAAACAAGAAGAAGAAUUACUGAGGAUGAAAACAGGUUUAGAAGAAAGAAUUGAUGACUACGCUCGUGAUGAAAUUAGAAGAGAAGCUGCAAAAAAUCGAGGUUUCAUAUCAGCUGCUGCAAAUGCUUGGAAAUGUGUAUGGAAUUCUGGAAUGGAUAAACUCGGGAUAGAAUAAUUGAAAUUGAAUUAAACACCUUAAAGCCUCUUUUUUCCACGA